CGUAUCCGUAUGUGUGUAGACCAAAUGUUUACCCAUAAACAUUCGCAUUUGCUCGUGAAGGAAUUGCGAAGACUUCAGUUCGUUAAAUCCGCCAACUGCAUGCGGUUCGACGUUUAUAUUGCCCGAUAACGAUUCAAUGAUAAGAUAUGAAAAGUCCGUUCUAAGAAAAGAUACAAACAUUACACAAGCUCGAAAAUUGGUCAUUGAAUAUAAAAUCCAAGGCGUAAACAAUGAUCAUCGGACUAACUUUAGCGUGCCUGAUUUUAAGUGGCAUUUCAAAAGUUUUUGCGGUUCAAAUGUGCUGCACCCCGAAUUCAAUGAUAUUUAAAUAUCGCGGUUCGGAUAAUUCAGAAAUUUUCCAGUGCGCUUCAGCUGAAAGCAACCUUAAAGAAUUUCCAGAUUUAGCCCAAGUGAUAGGCAAAUUGAUAGCCCCAAGAGGCCUUGGUUUCGAGGCAGCAAAUGACUCAAACACCCAAUUCCAGUUAUCAAAGUGUAAAAAUUAUACCAGCAUAAAUAUAAGUGAUCUGAGUGAAAGUAAUUUAAAUUUACGAAAUAACUCAUGCAUAGGGCUAUUAAACAAACGCCUCAUUAUUUUAUCUUGUGAAUUUGAAAAGAAUGUGCCGUCUCAAAGUGUUGGAUUUGUAAACAAGUGUUGCCCACAGGGAUUUAUUUACGUUUCCGAAAAUAAUUCAUGCACACUUGGUGAAAACGAUUUCUUUGUUUAUUCUUCUAUCAUCAGCAGUCCAAUUAUAUUUUUUGAUAACGCCUUAAACUGUUCGGACAACAAAGUGUUGGUGGAAUAUACGGUGUCCUCGAAAACAGUGCAAUUUAUUAACAAUUCGCUUGUUUGGAGAGAUGGAUCAAAUAGUUUGCCAAGAUCAAUGUACUGCAUCGAAGCUAUUUUUGACUUGGAUGUUUCGAAAAUAAGGAAAGCUUCGGAUCAAAAAUAUCUGGUUCGAGCUUGUCAGGAACCUAACAUUUGCCAAAAAGUGCCGUGCAUUCGACGAUGUUGUGCCGAAGGUGAAAUGUAUGCGAAAGGAAAUUUUAGUACUUACUGUAAAAAUGAUGGGACCGAUAUGAAAUUCGAAGGUUUCCAGAAUUUAAAUAUAAACGCUAACUUUACGAAACCUACAGAUUUCGGAAUUAUUCAUGGUUUACAGUGCCAAAAAUUUCGCUUAGAUCCAGAUAAUUUUCCAGAUGAUGGUCAUAUAAUAAGUUCUUCCAAUGGCUCACUUAUUAUUCUAAAUACUUUGAAAAUGUAUACAAAUACUCAGUACUGCUUGGAAAGGGUUAGACCCAAUCAAAAGCUUUAUACAUUUCUAUGUUUUGACACAAAGGUAGUGGGCAGUGACCGGAUUCGCUUUAAAAUGUAUCCCAUUGGUCUUUUAAUAUCUUGCUGCUUUUAUGCACUUACUUUGAUUGUAUAUAUAUCGAUAGCUAAAUUGCGAAAUCUCCCCGGGAAAAUCCUAAUUUGCCUUGUAAGCAGUUUGUUUUCCGCAUAUCUUGGAAUUGCCUUGGGUCAGUUAAAGCCCACAUCCAAUGACGACAUCUGUUUCUUUUCUGGCUUUUUUGUAUACUUCUGUUUAAUGGCUGCAUUUUCUUGGAUGAAUAUUACUUCAUUUGAUAUAUGGAGAACAUUUGGGUCAACAAAACUUAAAAGCUGCGAAAAAAGUGACCUUAGGAGACAAUUUAUUUGGUAUUCUUGUUAUGGUUGGGGACUUCCAACGUUGCUAACUACUAUAACAAUAGCAUUUACAAAAUCUGACAUAUUACCAGAUGUAGUCAGACCAAAUUUUGGACACGGUCGUUGCUGGUUUACAUAUGAUUCCUUUGGCUCAGCAAGCUUAUUGUUCUUUUCGGGCCCAGUUGGUAUUCUUUUUAUAUUCAACCUAGUCCUGUUCGUGCUUACGAUGAAAUAUUGCAACAAAGUGAAAAAUGAAAUAUACAAGAUGCAAAGUUUAAACAGUGAUAAACCAGUAUUGAAAAGAAGAUUUUUUCAGGACAAAACCAGAUUUGUUAUGAACACUAAAUUAUGCUUUGUUAUGGGUAUAACUUGGCUAUUGGAAAUAGUGAGCAUUUUGUUCUACGAUCAUAAGAAAACAUUUUUCUGGACCAUCAGCGACUCGUUUAAUGUCCUUCUUGGAAUAUUUGUUUUCAUCAUAUUCGUUUUUAAACGCAGAAUUUACAAUGAAAUUUUAAUUAAGAUCGGCUUACAGUCAAGCCCCAGCACUACAUCGAUUAGAACCCGUGUAGGUGUGACCAAAAUCGUAUGCCGCAACUAGCACAGCGAUGACUACUCUCAAAUCUUCUCCAGGCAGUUGUGAGUUGAUCCGCAAAUCCUCACCGAAACCAGAAAAUGAAGUUAUGCUUUAGAUACUCUAAGAACUUAUUAACUAUUUGUAAUUUGUAGAGCCUUACGAAACUA